UAUCUCUCCGAUAUUUAGCACGAUGAAGGCGCUUUUGUUCUUGACCGUGGUAGCUGUGGCUAUUAGCCAGCCCAAUUGGGCGGAUCUGAGGUUUGGUGGCAGCGAGUACCACUUCUCCUGGCGCCACGACGGAGACCAGAAGUACCCGUGGGGCGCCGCCAACAGGUACUGCGCCAGCCUGGGGUACGGGUGGCAAGGCGUCAGCAUCGAGAGCUACCUGGAAGACAGGAUCAUCGCCAACAUCAUUGCACAAGACGAAGUGAAGUACAUCUGGACGGGAGGAUACCGCAACGGGUACCAGUGGUAUUGGCCUUCUGGUCUCCCCUUCUACGGCAUCAACUGGUCACACACAGGAGCCAACGGCUACCCUCAACCUGACAACCGCGAGGACGGCCGCGAGUUCUGCCUGGCGGUCCUCAACAACUUUUUACAACGACGGGAUCCGCUGGCAUGA